GUGAUAAAACGGAACUUCAAAUCAGACACAAGAUGUGUUUCGUUGCGGUUGUUUUGAAAGUGUAACCAACAUGUUUUACGUAAUAUUAUCAUCUGUCUUUACAGUGACAAGUUUAGCUUGUAUAUCUCCAAGAAAUGUUUUACUGAUAAUAUCUGACGAUUUACGUUUCUUGGAUCAUAAUUCAGUUACACCCAAUAUUGAUGAAUUUGCCAGAAACAGCUUAAAUUUCAAACAUGCAUAUGCACAACAAGCAUUAUGCGCACCGAGCAGAAACUCAUUUCUAACGUCACGUCGACCGGACACACUUCGUCUAUUCGAUUUUAACAAUUAUUGGCGAACAUUCGUUGGGAACUUUACUACCUUACCGCAAUACCUAAAGUCCCAUAACUAUGACACGUAUUCGAUUGGAAAAACUUUUCAUCCUGGCAUUUCUUCCAAUUUCAAUGACGAUUACCCAUUAAGCUGGAGUCGUAAACCGUACCAUCCGCCUUCCGAGGAAUAUAUGAAUAAGCCGACAUGUCCACAAUCCGGUGCAUUGAGAAGAAAUAUUUUUUGUCCGGUUCGUGUGAAGUUUCAACCCAUGAAAACUCUACCGGACAUCCAAUCAAUAAAUGCUGCCAAACGCUAUCUACGUCGUCCUCGUACGCAACCAUUUUUCUUAUCAGUCGGCCUGCACAAACCGCACAUUCCUUUUCGCUUUCCAUUAAAAUUUGUCAAAUUUCAUCCAUUGUCUAAAUUUACGAAACCAGAAUUCAACUAUGUUCCGCAUGAUAUUCCCUCAGUUACGUUCAAUCCUUUCAAUGAUAUUAGAAAACGUGAUGACGCCAAAGCGGCAAAUAUCUCGUUUCCAUUCGGACCCAUACCAAACGAUUUUGGUUUGUCAAUCCGGCAGGGAUAUUAUGCAUCGGUCACUUAUGUGGACUCACUUAUCGGUCGAUUGUUAAAAUAUGUUGAUCCAAACGACACCGUUGUCGCAUUAAUUGGUGAUCACGGUUGGAGUGUUGGUAACCAUGGUGCAUGGGCGAAAUACAGCAACUUCGAUGUAGCUGUUAGGGUUCCCAUGAUUAUCUAUUCUCCUGACUUUCGAGGUCUUGAUCGGAACAUAAAUCAUAAUGUCGAAUUGGUUGAUCUAUUUCCGACAUUAGUCGAUUUGAUUGGACUACCACUAUUGCAGAAAUGCGUCAAUAAAAAUGAGAUUCUCUGCACCGAGGGAAAGAGUCUGAGGAAAUAUUUUAAUAAUCAUUUAUUGGAAGAAGACGAAACACUUGCAUACAGCCAAUAUCCACGUCCUUCCUCGUAUCCUAGCAAAGUUCCCAACAGCGAUGAACCGAAGCUGGAUGAAAUUACAAUUAUGGGAUGUUCAGUGAAAACGGACCGUUUUCGAUACACUUUGUGGGUUGGAUACAAUAGCACAACAUUUACGAAAGAUUUCAACGCGGUGUAUGGUGAAGAGCUGUACGACCAUUCAGUGGAUCCGGAUGAAAAUAUGAACUUGGCGUUGCGGACUCAAUUUAAUGAUUUGAGAAAUCGAUUGUUACAGUUGUUAAGAAUAAAUUUUUGAAAGAUAAUAA